AUGUUCAUCGCUGUAUCCGGUACCCUUUCAGCGGGCAAGUCGGAGGUUGUUAGAUAUCUAUCUUUUCAAGGAUUCACGCUUGUUUCUAUAAAUGCCAGCAGUGAGACUAGAGCCGUUCAAAAUGGCCACACUACAGAAAAUGGGUCCAAUGGGAACACCAAACUCAAGCAGACAUCGUCAGACCUGGGGCAAAUGAUCUUUGAGUCAUUUGGUUCGCUAUUAGAUCAUGUUACAGAAAACUGGCGUUCUAACUUUGUUCUUUCCCACAUCGACGACGAUGAAAUGCUAAAGGCCCUCCAAAAGAGGCCGUUCUUUCUUCAUCUUUCGAUAGAUGCCCCAUUGAACUUGCGAUUCCAAAGGCACGAACUCAAAAUGGGCACUCAAGCUCUUAGCCGAAGCCUGUUCAUAGAGCAGUCGGAUGAUCUACUUUUCAAUGCUUCCAACCCACUAAUUGAGAUCAACAAUCAAGCGCACAUCAAAGUCAUCAACACCUCCACGUCGCUAAAGGACCUAUAUAUCAAGCUUAGCGAACUAGACCUUCUUAAUCAAGAACGUCUUCGGCCAACUUGGGACGCUUACUUCAUGCGUUUAGCUGAUUUGGCUGCAUUGAGAUCCAACUGUAUGAAGCGCAGGGUCGGCUGUGUGAUUGUCAAGGAUAAUAGAGUUAUGUAA